AUGUCCUUAAGCGAAGAGAUCGCGAAGCUUUUUGAGCUGCAUCGCCUCGGUGCCCUCUCUGCUGAGGAGUUCACCGCAGCUAAGCAAAUGACAUUAAACCGCUUUUCUUCCUCUGCUGCUGGUGCGCCCUCUUCUUCUUCUUCUUCCCAGCUUCCUCCUCCUUUGAUAGCCGAAGUUAAUGUCAACACCAAUAGUGGCGUUUGCGAGAGUUUCUCCUCUCUCUCACUCGAACCCGAGAAGAAGCCCCGCGACGCCGAUCUCAACGACCUCCCAGACGAGGAGCUGACCGACGCCUGCCAGGCCUUUCCUCAUAUCCACUUUCUCCCCCUGCUUAACGGCUCAAGCAAGGAGGAUGAUAGCAGGGAAGGCGCCUUUCCCUGCUCUUCACCGUCCUCCUCCUCCACGCCUCAUGGCACACUCGAACGGCGGGAGCGGGCCCUUCAGCAUCUCGAGCGCAUCUUCACCAAUCUACUCUCCUUCCCUGGGAAUCCGAAGUACCGUCAGCUGCGGCCGGCAAACUCGAUCCUGUCCGGGGAGGUCUUUGCCGUCCCAGGGGCCAUCCCCUUCCUCCGCUCGGCGGGAUUCGAAUGGGAGGAGGUCAGGGGGAAAGGACCCCCCCCUUCCCACGUCGCGUGUAACGGCCCCCCCUUGGAGGGAAACCUCCUCCGAUGGCACGGGGCCCGGGAGUGCGCGGAGGAGGCUCUCCGGGCGGUUCAAUUCCUACUCGAACGCGACGCCGCGUCGCGUCGACGGCGGCAAGGGGUGGGCAAACUCGUCCGCGGGGAGGUGGUCUGGGAGGUUCGCCUGGAGCGCGCGCGCGCGGCCUUCGCGGGCGACCCCACCACCAACCCGUCCUCGACCUGGGUCGACUUCCUCACCCGGCUCUACACCGCCGAUGAGGCCGGGGAUGGGCUCUACUCCUCGCUCAGAAACUUGAACAUGCUGGAGGCGAUUCUUCGCUGUGGGUUAAAGGUCGGCGAGGGGGACGCGGCUGGGAAGGGGGUCCUUCUUUCACUCAGCGCGAACCCUUCCGUUUAUCGCGCGGUAGUGGAGCAAAAAGGCGCACUGGAGCUGCUCCUCCUGCAGCUCGACGGCGAGCUCCGGGUGGGGUCAUUGAGCUUAAAUUUCACCCCUUCUGACGAGGUUGGGGCUUCUCCACGAACGAAUUUGCAUCAGGAAAAAGAGGUGGAAGAAGGGGAAGUAAGGUUGGCGUUUCCUUUCACGCAGAUUAAGGAAGGCUUGAGGACUCUGGAAGAGGUGAAAAGGGCGGUUAAGGCUUCCGAGGCGGAGACGCGGAAGGUAGCAGUGGCCGCAAUGCGCGCGGAGGUUCGCCGGGAGCGGCGGAGGGUGCACCACGCGCGCGAGCAGGCGGGAAAUCGCGGCGUGGAUGAAGUCGCUUUGAGGUCUAUCCGACGCUGUAAAAGUGAGCAUUCCUCCUCUUCUUCUAGUCGUCAUAAUAUUAAUAAUAGUACAUCGCGCUCGCUCACUCCACGGAAAGGGGAGUGUGGAAAGGAUUCACCCUCCUCUGGAGAAAAGAAAGGUGGGAGUAGGUGUCGCGGGGGAAAACGCAUUCCGAUUUCGGAAGCUUUGUCUAUUUUACUAGGGAAGACAAAGGAUUAA